AUGAAGAAGGACAAGCAAGUUGAAAAGAAAACAGUUAAUGUGGAAGAAGUCGAAGUCAAAACAAAAGAGAUUGAGCAGGUCAAGACGGAAGAGGUAGCGAAAAUCGAAGCUCAACCUAAUACUACUGAAAAUGUGGAAGAUAAGCCAGAUGAGCUUGAUCCCAUUCAAGAACGUCGUCGAAAAUUGAAAGAACUUGCCAGAGAAGAAGGAGACAAACAUUUAAUGGCGUUACAGUUGGAGAAAAACCUAUUUAAGCUUGCCGCGGUUGGCGCCAACCCAGCGUUUGACUUCUACCCGGCUUAUAACAGCGCUUGGCCUCAUAUAGCCAAAUUCGAUCAUUAUGUUGUGAAAUAUGGAAUUAGAGAGUUUGUGGAUCUCAAAGCCAUAUCAAUUGCGCUCACUUCAAUGUUGGACAUCGAGUUUGAACAUCUCGAAGAGUACGAUCCAGAAGUGAAGAAGUUGGCGCGGUUAGACUUUUUAGAGUCGUUGAAACGCAUUGAGUUGGAUGGAGAUGGCAGUGGUAACUUGCCAAAAACUCUUCAAAACACAAUUCAAGACUGGCGCAAGAUUAACGCUAGAGAACUAUGGCCGGCGGCGGAUAUUAUCCGUCGUCGACUUCUUCCAUUGAACUACGAUAAUCCUCCAUUUAUCGUGGUUACAUCGCGCAGAAAGGCAAGACAUCGUUGUAUUACUCGAACUCGCGAAUACAAAGAGGGAAAAAUCGACUUGUCGCAAUAUGUGUGCUACGACGGUCCGCGGCGCAACUGCCGCGGUUUCAUCUAUGGAAAAUAUCAUAGCUAA